AUGUCUGUCUUCGUUUUGUCUGCUGCUGCUCAGUACUCAACUACUGGCGUCAGGUUUGGCAACGUUUACUACGAAAAUUUGAACCCCGAGGACGAAAUUCCAGGCCGCCAUCGUUGGGUUGACUUCGCCCAACACUUCAACAACGCCACCCAGGUUCCUCCUGAAUGGCACUCAUGGCUCUCGCACAUUCGUCAGCUCCCGCCUACCGAGGACAAUGUUAUGAAGAACAUGUCCCCGCCUUGGAAAGCGGUUUGUGUUAACCUUGUCCAAACCAUGAUUAGCCAUAGCUAA